AUGACUAGUAAAAAAGUGAGUACAACAAAGCGAACAUUGUAUUCUGUCGAGAAAAAAUUAACAGUAAUUAAAUACGCUCAAGAAAAUGGAAGAAAUGCUGCAGCAAACCACUUUGAUUUAAAUGGUUCAAUGAUUGGAAGGUGG